AUGUCUAAAAGGAUUCCGAAGUUCCGAACAUUAUAAAUAAAUCAUAAAAGAUGUAUUAAUGAGUACUAAAUUCAGUUGCUUACAGGAAAGAAGGAAAUGAUAGACACAGAGUUAGAGUUCUUUAUUGCAGACAGGGACACAAUUGAUGAUUUUCUAUAUGAGAUUGAUAGUUCGUUUGUAAGGAUAGAGUGUGGCAAGAUGUUCGAUUCAAUAGAUUUGAUAUUCUUUGAGGGAGAUGCCAAUCUUAGACCAUGGUCUCCUAAUGCAUAUAAAUUUCUAAUUCUAUUGAGAAUGUGCAUGAGAAGUAACAAAAUACUCUUUGCUUCUUCCUUUGCUAUGCAAGGCUUGGUGUUCUUGAUAGCAUCUAAUAUUGAGUGUUAAAUUUCAAUUAUAAAUGGAUUGAACGGAAGUUAACUAGGAGACUUGUCUAAAAUAAAAAAAUCAAUGAACGAAAUUCGUAUGAGUGACUAUUUCCUUGAUAAUGUAACUGGGGAUCUGUACAGUUUCAAUUACGAUACUGGCGAAUGGGUGGGCAAAGGCAAUGCUGGGCUGCACAGUAGAAGAGCAGCAGAGGAGUUCAAGACUAUUGGAAAGUAUAUAGUAAAGGCCCCUCAAUAUAAAGUGUAGAGGAUGAAAGAAAUAGAUUAAUUAUAUGUUUCAAAGGAAAACGAGGUUGUUUGUUCAUUGCGAAAGAACUCUAUGCAUAAUUAUUUAUUCUAUGAUUUACCAUUUGAAUUCGUUGUUCCAUUUAAGAAUUCAUGGGAUGUCCAUCCAUUUAAUUUUGUGAAUCCAAAAAAGACAUUUCAAACCAUGGCUGAAUGUGAAAAAGGUCCUCUAGUGAUUUGCAUUUCCGAUAACAUAGUGGCUACUCAAUUCUCAAUCAGAACCAAAUAUAAAGAAACUGUGUAGAUGUUAAGAAACUUUAUGGGCUACUAGCUUACCAAACUAUGUUCAGGAAGAGCCUAAACCAUACCGAUAGAGGUUGCCUCAAUCAAACAAAAUGAUAAUGCCAUGGACAUCUACUUGGAACAACUCAGUAGGAGUAAGUAUAGUAAUUAAAAAACGAUCAAAUUUAAUGUAAUCACAGAAUUUCAUCAUGCUGGAUUUGCAGCCAAGAAAUCCAACUAACUUGAUGUAGUUGUAAACAAUGCUAUUGGCAAGAAGAAAUUCAAAUAGACUCAAUAGAAACUUAAUCCAAAAGACUUAGAUUAACUCUUAUUCUAUAGUUCUUCCCCUAAAUUCUAAUCAACUCAGUAAUAAGAGAUUGAAAGGAAACCAAGCAUCUACAGUGCCUAGCCAAAUCAUUUUGAAGAAAAACCUUAAGCCUUUCAAAAAACGAAUCUAGAGAUCAUCUAAAUUCUCCAUCCCUCCAUUGAUACUGCCAUUUUUACGUAAAAUAAGCCUUUUUGGGUUCCAGGGUAUUUGUCUUAGUGUCGUCUUCAGAAAAGUCAAAUGAGCAAGAAGCAGAAUACAACUAGUGAGGAUGGCCCAUCUAAUACUCACAUUUUGACUGAAUUUAAGUAAAACACUACUCCGAGAAUGCCUAGAAAUUCAUCUCAACCUCAUUUUAGAGUUAUCUAAAAAGAUAAAUGGAUGACCAACAAAGAUUUUUAAGUUUGA